AUGAAAGUGAAAUUUAUAAUAGUGUGUUACGUCACAUUAAUUUCUUUAUGCUCAGGAAGUUUUGCGACCAAAAGCUAUAAAGAUUGCACCAGUUUAUUGAAAGAAUCAUUCGGUGUUUGUUUCAGAAGUGCCUGGUAUCAAACAUUCGGCCAUCACCACGCACCUAAUGAUUUUGAAACUCUUGUGAAAAAAUGUAGGAGUAAUGAGAAAUGCAAAUAUCUAGCCAAAAACUGCAUUAUGAAGGAAUUAGUAAAACCCAGAUUCAAAGGCUGCCCUGCUGCUCAGGCCUAUUUAAAGUCAAUUGAUCCAUACUUAAUAGGAGAUCGCAAAAGAAUUCUAGUCUCACUCAGCAUAUACAUCAAGAAUAUGAAUACUAGACUUCAGAAUUCUAUUGAGACAAGGAAGAAUAUUGACAACAUAUAG